AUGGAACAGGAUGCACUCAUGGAACCCUUCAGCAGCACGGCUGGGGUCCUUCGGUGCAAAAUAUACCUCCUUCUCUUAGGUGCUUGCUCGGGGCUGAAGGUGGCAGUGCCAUCACAGACCGUCCAUGGCAUCAGGGGUCAGGCUCUCUACCUCCCCGUGCACUAUGGAUUCCACACUCCAGCAUCAGACAUCCAGGUCAUAUGGCUUUUUGAGAGACCCCAUACGAUGCCCAAGUACUUGCUGGGCUCUGUGAACAAGUCUGUGGUUCCCGACUUGGAAUACCAGCACAAAUUCACCAUGAUGCCACCCAACGCCUCCCUGCUCAUCAACCCGCUGCAGUUCACCGACGAAGGCAAUUACAUUGUGAAGAUCAACAUCCAGGGGAACGGAACUCUGUCAGCUAGUCAGAAGAUUCAAGUCACAGUUGAUGACCCUGUCACGAAACCAGUGGUGCAGGUUCAGCCUUCCUCUGGGGCUGUGGAGUACGUGGGGAACAUGACUCUGACGUGCCUCGUGGAAGGGGGCAGCCGGCGGGUUUACCAGUGGCUGAAGAAUGGGAGGCCUGUCCACACCAGCUCCACCAACUCCUUCUCUCUUCAGAACAACAGCCUUCACAUUGCUCCAGUGACCAAAGAAGACAUUGGGAAUUACAGUUGUCUGGUGAAGAACCCUGUCAGUAAGAUGGAAAGCGACAUCAUUAUGCCUACCAUAUACUAUGGACCUUAUGGACUUCGAGUUAAUUCUGAUAGAGGACUAAAAGUAGGGGAAGUGUUCACUGUGGAUAUUGGAGAAGCCAUCUUGUUUGAUUGUUCUGCUGAUUCUUAUCCUCCCAACACCUACUCCUGGAUCCAGAGGACAAACAACGCCACAUAUGUCAUUAAGCAUGGGCCUCGCUUGGAAGUUGCAUCUGAGAAAAUAGCCCAGAAGACAACCGACUAUGUGUGCUGUGCUUACAACAACAUAACUGGAAGGCGAGAUGAAACUCACUUCACCAUCAUCAUCACUUCUGUAGGAAUAGAGAAGCUUGCACAGAAAGGGAAAUCAUUGUCCCCUUUAGCAAGUAUAACUGGAAUAUCACUCUUUUUGAUUAUAUCCAUGUGUCUUCUUCUCUUAUGGAAAAAAUUUCAACCCUACAAAGUUAUAAAACAAAAGCUAGAAGGCAGGCCAGAAACAAUAUACAGGAAAGCACGAACAUUUUCAGGCCACGAGGAUGCGCUGGAUGACUUUGGAAUAUACGAAUUUGUUGCUUUCCCAGAAGCUUCUGGUGUUGCCAGGAUGCCCACAAGAUCUGUUCCAGCCUCUGAUGGUAUACCAGGGCAAGAUCUGCACAGUACAAUUUACGAAGUUAUUCAGCACAUCCCUGCCCAACAGCAAGAUCAUCCAGAGUAA